UCCGGCUUUGCAAAAAUAUUCUACAGCUAUAAUCUGACAGGGCCUACAUGUAGUAGCUUCAUGUAGAGGAUAUAUGUGUGGACUAAUGACUGUGACAAAACUCUAAUUUUGUGUAAUUUGUGAGCUGAAUAGCCGUCCAGGAUAGCUUGUUGUGCUCGGAGAAAAAGUUUUGAACAAAUUUUCAUUGUGCUUGGAGAUGCAGUGCAUAGUGCAUGGCAGUGUGUGCAGCGCAUUGGUGCUGAUCUGACUGAUGAAUGUAUCCCACAUCCUUCAUACUUGGCCUCGCACUGUUUUGUGUACUCUAAACAUGACUUGGAAGUACUUCUCUGUUACUGAGUAGUGUGUAGGCCUAAGGAUAUUGCAUUUUGUCUCUUACUCCUAGUCUUCUCUUAGUCUUACUCUUGGUAGGCCAAGUAGUAGUUAGUCAUUGUCGGACUUGGUGAAAUUGGAGGCGGAUCGAAGACACGAAGACUUCCUCAAUAUCUUGGAUAUCUCUCAUCCCAAUCAUAUUGUGUGUGUGCUUCAACGAAAAGUAUCUCUGGCCUACGAGCCUGUAUACUAAGUGUAACUGUGAUCAAGAAGAAACAAAAUUUAAAUAUUCGUCAUGCAUCGUUCUGGGAGUGAUACUUUUGCGAACCGUACGGACAUGAACGGGAUGAUGGUGGAGCGGUUAAAUCGGUGUAUACGAGAUGAGCCAAUCACUAGCCUCUACACAAUUGAGCAAGAAAUUGGACGCGGUAAAUUCGCUGUAGUUAGACGAAUCCGUGACAAAAAUACAGGGAAGGUGUACGCAGCAAAGUUUAUCCGUAAACGCAGAAAAGGGAAGGACUGUAGAAACGAUGUUCUGCACGAGCUCGUCAUGCAUGAAAUAGCACUGAGCCAUCCGAGAUUGAUCCACAUGACAGACAUUCACGAGACAGUCCAUGAGAUAGUCGUCAUCAUGGAAUAUGCCGCAGGGGGAGAGUUGUAUCACCAGUGUGUCAUUGAGGAGACGAUCACUGAGCGGGACUCACAGAGAAUGAUGCGGCAAAUACUGGAAGCGAUCGCCUUCCUCCAUGCCCAAAGUAUUGUCCAUUUAGAUAUAAAGCCCUCAAACGUUCUACUCAUGCGACCAGCCUCAGAAGGUUCCCUAGAAGUGAAAUUAUGCGAUUUUGGAUUCGCACGCCUAGUCAACACAGGUUUAGACAUCCGAGAAAUAUUAGGGACACCAGACUAUGUAGCACCUGAAAUACUUAGUUAUGAGCCGAUUCAGGAGACAACAGACAUGUGGAGUGUUGGUGUCCUUGCGUAUGUCAUGCUAACAGGCCACGCACCAUUCCAAGGUGAAACCAAGCAAGAAACAUUUCUCAACAUCUCACAAAUAAACUACGACUUUCCCGACGAACUUUUCGGGAACAUCUCCGAGAAAUCUCAGGAUUUUAUCCGCCGAUUACUACAGAAGGAACCAGAGGAUCGACCGAGUGCGCGAGAAUGUCUGAACCAUCCGUGGUUAGAGCUCAAAGACGCACCAGUCAUCGAUAUUAAAGACACAGCAGUCCUUGGCAUCAAGGGUACGUCUGUACCCAUCGUUCCUGGGAAAUCACCACUAAGUUGUCGACGCCAGGUGCCGGACAUUAUCGAGGAAGAAAUCGCACCGUCGAAAAAAUACAAACUGACAAGCGAUUCCAAUGCUUCAAAUUCAGGAUCGCUGAAAGAGAAUCAGUCAGAAGUGUGCUAGUAUUUAAUGAUUAGUUAUCAUGAUGGGUUACCAGUCAAAAUCUCCUUAUGAUAGUCAAAACGUCCUCGCUUUUAGAUUCUGUUCAGCUAUAGUCCUCCAUCAAAUAUGUGACCCGCCAUGACAAAAUGAGUCGCAUGUCACUCCGAGCUUGACAUGUUGAGACGGACUGGUUGUUCAUUUCACUAUUGUCUGCCUUUUGUGACAUCUGAGUAUGUCAAUUUCUUCUCUUAUGUCCUGGUGUCAUUUUAGGCUCAUCUUCUGUGUGACAUGCGACUCAUUUUGCCGUGGUGGAUCACAUAUACUUAUUUUUGCCAUCAUUGAUCAGUUUCAACUUUUACAUGAUGUUAGAUAUGUUUUGAAAGAAGUAUUGUUUCAUAGAUGCAUUUUGUCUACUUUCACUUGACUUGAAGAUGAAAAAUUCGACAAUUUGUGCUAUUUAACCCUUUAAGGUAAAGGUAUUUUGAUGAUCGCACCGGUCCGACGAAGCUGCGCUGAAAAGAAAAUGUACAGCGUAGAAUCUGGGGAAUCCCCUCCGGGUGUUUCUAAAACACAGACUAGGCAAUUUGCUGCAGCCGGAACGAAGUACACAUGUACUCUACUGCUCGCACAGAUGCGAGAUCAGGCCAUAACGACGGAAAUUGGUUGCUCACAGCGAGAUUAGUCCUUAGAGGGUUAAGACACAAUUGGUGACGAAAUUAUGUGCCUAAAGUUUGUGCCUUAAAUAAUGGGGGGACAACAACUUCAAUUUAUCUUUAACUAUAAUAUCAAUUUUGAUUGAAGAAAAGCACUGAAUAGGACUUGAGAAGAGUUUUCAAAGUGUAAAGCGACGGUGUUUUGACUCUAACCCGCUUUAUAUAAACCUGGAGACACUUUGACAGCCCAGCCCUUGACAUUGCUGUAUGUUGACGUCAGUGAGCUUUCAUCUAAGAUUUUGUAAUCAUUUGUAAAUGUUGGACAGAACCAAUUUAACUUUAUGUAAGCAUUCGUGAUUGUACCAAAUCAAUGUUUGGCUUUUCGUCAAAAUGUUUUUUCAGUUUGUUGUCAAAAGUUGUAUUAAUUUUACAACUUUUUUAAACCUGUUUCAGCUACUUAUCAAGUCAAUGACUAUUCAAUAAUGAGAUCUGAAUAUCAUCAAAGGAGCAUUUAUUUCUAUUGCCGAGAAAAUGGCCACAAAAACAAUCGUCUUUAAUUUUGCUCUGUUCUUUGGUUACCAUGACACAGCACCUGCAUGUACACUGGUGGUCAGAAAUAUUAGGACACUUACAAAAUUCUAAGUCAUUUUCCUCUUUAGCCUUCCUUGUGUCUCUAACCACUAUUUAUUUUUGUUAUUGAUCAGAUCAUGUUUGUCUUGCCAAGUGAGUAAUAUUAUCCCCUGUGAUUGUCCAUGGAAGAGUUUAUUGACAAUGGGUUGCUGAUCCAUGGACAACAAAGAUAAUUGGGUGCCAUUCAAGCCUUUAAAAUUCAUAGGCCUAAGUUGUGGGAGGGGACAAGUAUGGACUAAGCACAUCAUUACUGUCUUUGUUUUUCAAAUAUCAGUAACCCCACGCCAAUAACCUUUGGUAUGGGCAAUCUCGUGGGCUUAUAUAACCCAGGUGCCAAGCUAAAAAUGUUCUGAUUAAUAAGAAAAAUAAUAA